CUCCUGGGCGCGCCGGUGCGCGGCGCAGGGGAGUGCCGCUCAGCGCUCGGGAUGGAAGAAGGCAGGAUACCCGACGCCGCCAUCACAGCGAGCUCCUCCUACGAGUACAAGUCCGUCGGCCCACAGAACGCCCGGAUCCGCCAGGAGAAGAACGGCGGCGCGUGGUGCCCCAAGGCGCAGAUCAGCGGCGACGUGCACGAGUACCUGGAGGUGGACCUGGGCCGGCCGCACCUGGUCACGUGGGCCGAGACGCAAGGCCGCUUCGGCAACGGCCAGGGCCAGGAGUACGCCGAGGCCUACCUGCUGGAGUACUGGCGGCGCGAGCUCAACCAGUGGGUCGUGUACAAGGACUCGCGCGGCCAGAAGGUGCUGGCUGGCAACAGCAACACGUACCUGGUGGUGAAGCAGGAGCUGGAGCUGCCCUUCGUGGCCAGCAAGGUGCGCUUCAUCCCCUACAGCGAGCACCCGCGCACCGUCUGCAUGCGCGUCGAGCUGUACGGCUGCCCCUGGGAGCAGAGCAUCGUGAGCUACGCGGCGCCGCGCGGAGAGCUGGCGGGGCCCGACUCCUACCUGGAGGACCUGAGCUACGACGGCGCGCUGGACGGCGCUACGAUGCGCGGCGGCCUGGGCCAGCUGGCGGACGGCCUGUACGGCGACGACGACUUCGCGCCCGACCUCGACGGCCGGGGGGUCGACAAGCGCUGGGUCGGCUGGCUGAACGACACGAGGGGCGGCCAGCCCUUGGAGAUCGUGUUCGAGUUCGACGGCCCGCGGGAGUUCGCCGCGGCGCACGUGCACACCAACAACAUGUUCACCAAGGGCGCCCAGGUUUUCUCCGAGGUGCUGGUGUACUUCAGCCUGAAUGGCGACCGCUACCAGCCGACGCCUCUGGAGCUGACGCCGGCGGCUGACGUGUCACGCGACGCCGCGCGCAACGUCACGGUCAACCUGCAGAACCGCGUCGGCCGCUACCUCAAGCUGCAGCUGCACUUCGCCGCGCGCUGGCUGCUCGUCAGCGAGGUCGCCUUCGACUCGGCGCCCAUCCUCGGCAACAUGACGGACGAGACGCUGGAGCAGUACUUCCUGCAGCAGGACAGCGUGCAGGAGGCCGCGUCUCCUCCGGGCGACGCGGGAGGCGAGAGCACGCACGCCCGCAAGGAGGUCACCCCGGGCACAGCGACGAGCGCGAGCAGCAACCACCAGGCGUACAUCGGCCUGAUCACCGGAGUGCUCGCCGUGGUGGUGCUCCUGCUCGCCUGCACGGUGGUGCUCAUGGUGCGCCGCGGCCGCAAGAAGAUGGCGCUCCUGCACAAGCACACGGCGCUCGUGUCCGCCACCGCCAAGCCGGGUGUCACCAUCAACAUGAAGGAGCUCAAGAUGAACAUGGCACUGUCCACGCCCAUCAUCAACAACGGCCUCACCAGGACGCGGACGGUGUCGAAGAACAAGGUCGGGGGCACGACCCCGGCGCCGCCCUGCUCCAACGGCAACGCCUACGGCAACGUGGCCGUUGGCGGCGAGGAGUCGGAGGACAGCGAGAACUCGUCCGUGUACCACGAGCCCUACAAGCUGCUGCCGUCGGCCAAGCAGGAGUACGGCUGCCUCCUCAAGAAGGACACGCUCUCCUCCAGCAAGAGCGGCGAGUACACCGACUUCACGAGCGUGAACAGCUUCCAAGAGGACGUGAAGUUCUCGUCGGCCUCCUUCUACAACCUGACCCCGCCGCCACCGCCUGUGUCGCGGCCGCCGCCCUACGAGGUGCAGAGCUUCGCCACGCCCACCAAGGCGGCGGCGGCGGUCUCCGCUGCAGCCGCCGGGGGCGGCGCGCCGCCUGAGAACUACUACGCCGCCACCGACAUCGUCAAGACGGAGCGAAGGGAGCAGCACUUCACGCCAGGGAAGUUCACGACCAUCAAGAUACCGGACGGCCCGCCCCGCGACGGCAGCGCCGCGCUGCUCGAGUUUCCGCGCCACCGACUGCGGCUCGUCGAGAAGCUCGGCGAGGGCGGCUUCGGCAUGGUCCACCUGUGCGAAGCGGAAAGCGUCCCCGAAUAUGGGACGUCUUCGUGUCACAAGAAGCAGCUGGUGAUAGUGAAGUCGCUCUGGCGAGGCUGUGGAGACGCGACAAGACAGGAGCUGGUGAGAGAGGCGAGCUGGCUGGCCGGGCUGCGAGACCCGAACCUCGCGCGCAUCGUGGGCGUGUGCAGCCAGGAGGAGCCGCUGUGCGUGGUGCAAGAGCACGGUGAGAUAGGCGAGCUGCCGCAGUUCCUGCAGCUGCAGGGCCUCGCCGUCGAGGAAGGCAACAAAGUCGUACCAAGUCUAAGCUAUGGGUGCCUGAUAUAUCUCGCAACGCAGAUAGCCUGCGGGAUGAAGUAUCUUGAAGGACUUGAGUUGGUGCAUCGAGAUCUAGCAGCGCGGAAUUGUGUGAUAGGAAAAAAUUAUCACCUGAAGAUUUCAGAUCACGCCAUGUACUGCAGUCGAUACGAAUCUGACUACUACGUUAGCGAUACGAAAGCCAAACUACCGAUAAGAUGGAUGGCUUGGGAGAGUCUAUUGCUGGGCAAACACAGCUCCAAGAGCGACGUGUGGUCGUUCGCCGUGACGCUGUGGGAGAUCCUGAUGCUGUGCGCGCAGCAGCCGUUCGCCGAGCUGACCAGCGAGCAGGUGGUGGAGAACUGCAACCGCUGGUACCAGAACGACGGCCUGCAGCGCCACCUCGCGCGGCCGCCCGCCUGCCCGCGCGAGAUCUACGACCUGAUGGGCGAGUGCUGGAAGCGGCACGAGGUGGACCGGCCGCGCUUCGGCGAGAUCCACCUGUUCCUGCAGCGCAAGAACCUGGGCUACCUGCCGGCGAGCGGCUAGCGGGCCGCGAGUCGCCGCCAGGCGCACCCCCCUCGCGACUGAGGGCGAGCCAGCCCCCUGCCCGCGGCGACGAGCCGACGCCUCGUCGCGACCUCCUAGCGACUGGCCGUUCCAGUUGGCAGCUGUCACUGGUGACCUCUUGGUGAUCUGUGCUCAUAGCGAAGAUCUUGAAUCGACGUUCGUAGAGCCAAAGUUGAAUAUUCAAGAAAUCGGUGAUUGGAUCGGCAGCUGAUGCUAAUGAACCUUUUCCUCAUCAUGACUUCCUUGCCAAAAAUUUAAUCGAAGUUCUUAGAACAUAGAUUGAAAACUCAAAAAAAUAUUUGAUGCUGUCACAAACGGACAGAGAAGUCGUCGCGAACUCCUGCUUACGAUUUUGUGUCUAUGUUUGUAGACCAUCGUGUGGAAAUUCAAUGGCACAUGUUACCAAUCAACCAGUUACUCUUUGAUAAUAAUUACGCAUCGUAUGUACAUACACAUAAGAACCAUUAAAGAGAAAUUGAUUCCACAGUUGGUUCAGUGACUUUCGUUUAUGAAACAAAGGACUGGGUUUUUAUGUCGGUACAUAGUCAAGAUAGAAGAAUGAGAAGUCUGAAAUAAAGUCUGUGCGGCUGCCAAAAAUGUUACACCGAUUGCUUUGCCAGAAAUCUGCAGCAAUGUUUGCGUGCAAAUAUUUUAUGCUGAUGUCUACGAACCAUCACUGAAGAUGGAAUUGAUCACACAUUUAUUUUGGUGACUGUCACUGCUGAACCCAAGGUUAAAUGCUAAUGCAAAUGGACAGCCAAAGUUUAAUGUUACAUACACUCGACUUGGUUCACGUUAGUGGUCCUAAAUCUUCAGAAAAGCUGGUGUACUCAGGUGAAUGAACUGUAAAAGUAAAAGAAUCUUUAAAUUGGUUUCACAGCCAUUUUUUGUGAAACAAUUACUCGUCUUGACUUAAUGGUAAAGCUUAUUUGCCGAUUUAUUUAAAAUGUUGUUGCACAAAGGAAGAAACCUACUAUUGGGUUCACAGAUUUUGUCCUAUCUAACCUAUUUAUUUCAACGAAGAUUCUGUGGUGACAUCAAUAGGCCUUCUAGACAGAAGACAGAAAACCAUGGAAUGCUAAGUAAUUAAAACCAAUGAAAAAAUUCAUUGGUCACUAUUUACUAAAGAAAAUUGUGUGCUGAAAUAUUCUGAAGGUCAGAAGGUAGAAAAUUUUAUUUGCUGGAAGGUAAUCACAUACUGAACGAUUCCUAUUCUCCACUUUCUCCUGAUAUAUAUAUAAAUUUUUAAGAGUUCUAUCAAACAAUGCUAAUAUUCAGUAUAAAAAUCAGCGGCCAUCACAGAAAAGCCGAUUAUAUGGUUCAACUAUUCCUGCUGCGUUUUUCUGUUGAAAUUUUUCGGAUGACUUUAGACAACGCAGUUAAUCAAUGGUUCAUUGGCACUCGUCGUCGAUGAACCAAAUCCUUGAUGCGUCUUUUUCGCAAAUACUCUACUUUGGUGUUUAUGGAAUAUUGAUAUAAUAUAUGCAAUGAAACUCUUUUUUAACAUUCACCAUAGUUAACGACGUUCCUCGUUGCGUUUCUCUUCUAAGGAUUUCAUUUAAGCUUUCGUACCAUUCAUGUGCAAGGCAGGGAAGAAUAUUUAUAUCACUGGCCAUUAUCAUUGAACCGAUACUACUUGAAAAAUGUGCGUUCUUUUACUAUGAACAAGAGUCUACAAAGAGUAAAAUAUACCAGCCCUUAAC